UUAUGUUUUUAGUACCUUGUUUGGGCCUCUGGGCAAAAUCAUUGUUAGCCACGCUGUUUUAAUAUUUGCGAAAUUCCAAUGCUUUACACAUUUUGUAAAUUUUAUAUCUUGAUAAUGGCCUUCCAGCUCUUUGGAUUCCUUGUUGAAUAUGGCAACUAUUGGAUAUAUACAACUAGUAAUAGCUUUAUAUAUUAUAGAAUUGUCACGCUGCAUUAAGGCAGUUAAAAUGGAUUUUCCGCUGUAUAGAUAGAUUAGUUUUCUUCAAAAUAGUUUUGUAUUUUGACUCCACCAAUCCGCACCAGAUGUUGUACCUUCUAUCAGUCCUUGCAAUAGUUCUUAUCAGCCAGGAGGCGUUAUCUACGGAUUACUGCAAAAAGGAUCUGUGUCUGCCGGAAAUAACGCAUAUCGCUUGCCGCAAUUAUGGGGACUUUGACGAGAGUUGUGGCAGUGAUGCAAUCAUCGUGAAGUUUCCCAUGCACAUGCGUGCCCACCUCCUGGCCGUCCUAAAUGAUUUUCGGAAUACCGUGGCUAAGGGUCAGUAUCCGCACUUGCGUCCAGCUUCCCGGAUGGCAACACUACGGUGGCACGAGGAGCUGGCCGGAUUGGCCAAGUUUGCCUUGAGGCGUUGUGACUAUAUCGACGAUUACUGCAGCAAUACGGAUGAGUUCAGCUAUGUGUCGUACAUAUAUGGCAGUACCAAGUGGUUGCAACUGGAGAAGGAUCCCAUAUCCGUUUUGGACUUUGUUUUGCAGUUUUGGAUGGAUGAUGUCAAGGGCUGCACAAUGGCGCACAUCAAUGCCGAGAAACCGGCCAAGGAUGGACAGUGUCGCGGCUACUUCACCCAGCUGGUCCAAGAUUUGGCCGCCCAUGUCGGCUGUGCCAUGAUGCUGCGAAAAGGCCAAAAGAGCCGACUUUACCAGUACGGUGUCCUUUGUCACUUUUCGCGCGGAAAGAUCGCCAAUGAGCUGGUUUACCGGGCAAGUGCUCAUCCGGGAAGUCGCUGCUAUGCAGGAACCCACUCCAUAUAUGAGGGGCUCUGCUCACCCGAGGAGCAUGUUAAUCCCAAUGCCCUGCAAUUGGGCGAGCUUAAUUGAUUCGUUCAAGCUGCAUUUAAUAAAUCUAGCUCAUAAGAUAGCUU